CUCACCACCAACGAUCUCUGCGACCAUCUCGAGUUGCCAUUCGCUUAGAUUUCCCCACGCUCGUCUCUUCAUUCAUCACGACCUUGACGACCGGCCAUCAGUCUAGAGCUGUACCCCACUUGCCUUUUGCAGCGGGCACUGUCCCUUGGGCCCCUCAGAGAGCAGCAGACGGAAGCGUAGCUGCUUACCCUUCGCGACUGUCAAUCUACGCCUCCUAUCCUGCUUCGCUUGGCGCGAAACGUCUGGCGUACUUCUGCCUGGAACAGCGGGCAAGUUGGUCAAGCAGAAGCUCCAACACUAUCGCAGACUGCUCAGUAUUUCUCGCAAUAUCUGCAGCUCUUGGUACCUUGUUACAUUCGCCCUCCACCUCCAGACAUCUUUCGGGCCACUCUUGCUGAGCUGGUACUCGAGCCGGCCCAUCGAGACUUAGCUCGGCUAUCCUCUCACCGCUACGCUUAGAGCCACUCUCCUAAGACAUGCCGCCCUCGACGGCGGCCAACGGGGGCCAAUCACCACUGCCCCCCUCGGCACCGUCUCCUAGGGCCAAGACGACGACUGCGCCUUCCUCAUCCUCGUCUGCCCUGCCUGCCUCUUCGGGGUCAUCUGUCUUGUCGCCCAACCACCCAAUCAAUCUAAGAAGACAGGCAAGAGCCAGCCUAGAUCCCUCCUUCUCCGUCAGAAGCUAUCUGGGAGCAGCAGCAGCCCUUCUGGAAAAGGCAGAGGGCAGUGAUCGCCAAGGCCACUUGGAAUCAGCUUUUGUCAACUACAUCAAGGCAGCUAAUGUUGCUGCGUUCAUCAGCAAGCACCCAGAAUGGCCACAGAUUGUCGCCUCCAGGAAUCAGACGUACUACAGGUAUCAGGAUCUCAUGCAGAGGCUGACAGAUGUCAUCUCCAGGGCAACCAGGAUUGAGGAUACGCUAAAGCAGAGGGAGGAGAUGAAUGCCUCCCUUCAGGCUAGACAGAGAGCUUCCUCUUCCACAUCACUAGCCUCAGCAUCAAGCGCGCAGCUCUCUCCUUCAACGUCCACUACACUGAAUCGCGGAGCCCUUUCAGCACCUCCGCCCCCAGCAGAGCCUGGGCCGGCUAAACAGCUCCGGACGGACGGGGCAGGAGAUGCAGGCGGUGCGGCUUCGGUGUUGAUGAACUCAACCAUCCGCCUACCAGUGGCGCAACGUGAUUCAGCAGGUACCGGGUCCGGCUCCGGCUCGCAAACCCCAAUCCUCAAUGCAGGGGGACUUUCGGGAGAUGCCGACCAUGUAAGCAGUCUGACAGAUCGACUCGCAGCACUACGGUCAGGAGGCAUGGGUGGAGUGUCAAUGGAUAAACGCUUCAGCGAACCCGGCAGCCCAGCUAGAUCUACGAUAACAUCCGGGGAAGACAUCGGCUCAUCGACUGCGCCACUAUCCAACGUAGCCCACUUCAAGCAUACAUACCCGACAUUGGACGAGUUCGACCAGGUGAUACCCCAUCCGGACCGUCUCCCUCCCGUACCAACCACCAAUCCUCAAGCUCAAAGCGCUGAUCAGGACGAUCUGGAAGAUGACGAAGGGGGCGCAUUCCCGAUGGCGCCCUCGCACGCUCCUGGCGCUCGGAGACCACUGCCAAACCCUCCUGCGCUGCCUACGGAGCUAUCGCUUGGCCGCGACGUGCCGAGACCGUUUGAUUACAGCGCUGCACCGUCAAGCUCAACCCCGCCGUCGUUGCCGUCCCCAAGCUCGAAGCCAAAGGCGCCAGCACCUCGUCAAGGAGCGCUUUUAUCUGCUUCGAGAGCUCCCGGUCGGCCUAAGAGUGCAGAGACAGCAGGCCCAAAGGCGGCAAUUCCUAGGGGCAACCACAUCAAAGUUGAAGAGCUCUGGUCGUUACUGAAUCCAGGCUUCGAGAGAGUGCAGGCUAGCAACGGCGCCUCUCCUCACGAGAACGGGGCCACGGGCGAGACGAGAAUGGUCCGGAAGCGCGGAGCAGACAUCUUGCUGUUGGAUUUGCGAUCGAGGGAGGAGUUCCAGGCCGGAAGAGUCGGGAUAGGCUCAGUCGCAGAAGCCGUCUGCCUCGAGGGCGGAGUGAUACUCCGGAGGGGAAUGACGUCCGCCGAGCUGGAGGACAAGCUACUGCUUGCGCCUUCGGUCGAGCAGAACGCAUUUGCCAAUCGCAACGCCUUUGAUGCUGUGGUGGUCUACGAUCGCAGUACCCGCUCACUGGGGCUGCCCAAUGCUAGCGGGUACAACCCUGCGGUCCAUGGCUGGCCAACCUACGACGAGGCUUUGAGAGCUUGGGAAAAUCUUGACAUCGUCGUCAAGGCCAUCUACGAGCAAGAAUUCACAAAGACCUUGAAGAAUGCUCCACUGCUGCUUGUGGGUGGCUGGGAAAGCUGGAGACACAAGGUAGAGGACCGGACUGCUCUUGCUGGCGGCCCUUCGCACGGGGCAAAUACAAAUGGCAGGGCUGCAAGAGGAGGUCCUCCGCCAGUAGCCUCGCUCCGGAGACAAUCGGUACAGGAAGAGGAUGAGCUGCUCAAGAAGCAAAGGCGGCAGGGCUUUGUUGCCCAAGAGCAGUCUGGCAGGGAGUCUCCCACCUUGACAUAUCGAGUGGGCGCUGGUGGGUUCUCGGCUGGUGCCCAGUACGCCGGUCUCUCUGUCCCUGCAAAGGCGUAUCAAGGUCCCAUGACGCCUGGGGGCUCAGCUCCUCCUGCUGGAGCACCGAGCUUCCCUCCCUCUGCAGGUGCAAGGGAUGGCUUCUUCCCAAGUCAGCCCUCGAUACCAUAUGGCAGCGCUAUGCCCUCAUCCGCGCCUUCUAUGCCUGGCCGCUCAAUGUCUGGCGGCUUCGACUACCCCCAACUGAAAAGUGCUCCACAACCACCUCCUGCUGCUGUCCCUUCCAAUGGUAUCUCUACUCGGUCUAUGACGUCUCAUGCCCAUACCCAGUCAAUGUCAUCGCCGGCGUCUGCUGCUGCGCGUGGUCAAACUUCACCGGAAGUAUCUCGUAGGCCUCCAAACAUCCCAAACACAGCAUUAGCAUCCGCAGGCUCGAGGACCAACAUCCGCAUGCUUCCGGCCUUUGACGACUUACGGAUAGGACUUACCGGUCUCAAGAAUGUGGGGAACAGCUGUUAUCAGAAUGCGACUCUGCAGUGCCUGAGUGCGACGAUCCCUCUGGCCAAGUUCAUGCUCGACGGGAGCUACAAGAAGGCCAUCAAUACGGUGAACCCUCUUGGUACUCAGGGCGCCCUGGCAGAAGCCUUUGCGCAUCUGCUCAAAGUCAUGUGGUCAGAACAGUAUACCUUUGUAUCUCCGGUGACGUUCCGGGAAGCCAUUUCGCGCUUUGCCUCGACAUUCCGAGGCUAUGACCAGCACGACAGUCAGGAGUUCUUAGCCUUUCUGCUAGACGGUCUGCACGAGGACCUGAACUACGUCGUGCACAAGCCUCCUCCUGUAGACAUGACUGCGGAGCGAGAGGAGGAGCUGGAGACGCUUCCGCAACAAGUGGCAAGCGUAAAGGAGUGGACCAUCUACCGUCAGCGCAACGACUCCCUCAUCGUGGACUGGUUCCAAGGUCAAUUCCGCAACAAGAUGACUUGUCUGACGUGUGGCAAGACUUCCACGACGUACAAUGCCUUUAUGUACCUCUCGCUGCCCAUUCCAAGUGGGCGCGGCGUGACCAAGGCGACGCUCUUCCAAUGUCUGGACGCCUUUGUCAAGGAGGAAGUCAUGGACAAGGCCGACGCGUGGUUCUGUCCCGCCUGCAAGAAGCCUCGCAAGGCAACAAAGCGGCUGAGCAUCUCUCGCCUGCCGAUGAUCCUCUUGAUCCACCUCAAGCGCUUCUCCUUCAAGGGUCCCUUUACAGACAAGAUCGAGACGCAGGUAACGUUUCCCAUCCAAGGGCUCGACUUGACCAAUUACGUCCCUGCGCCCCUCUCCCCCGCCCUGGCAAAGUCCUAUGCAACCAGCCAAGGAGUGCCCACCUCGCGUAGUCAGGUGCCGCCCUUUGUGUACGACCUGUACAGCGUGACGCAUCACUUUGGCAGCCUCAAUACUGGUCACUACACCGCUAGCAUCAAGAGUGCAGGCCAAUGGUGGUACUGCGACGAUUCACGUACUGUGGGUCCCUCGGGGAGUGCGGUGAGCGAAGGAGAGAGGAGGAUUAUGAGCAAUAGCCCGUAUGUCUUGUGGUUCAGGAGGCGUCCAUGAGGAAGACUGCGAGCCGGUACCUCGUCGGAACAGGAGGGAGUGGAAGAAUUGGAGAGGAGGAAGCGGCGGACCCGAUCUUUGGAUACCAACUUCACAGCAUUACCGUAAUGACUAUAUUCAACAAUUCCUUGACCAAACAGUGACACCGAGCG